CACUUCUGGUGCCCGUUGGCGAGCUCAGUUCAGCUCACAGGAGAGGGUCAGAGCGCCGCGCAGCAUCAGCAAAGGCCAGGAGUCGCAGCCAGGACACAGCCGGCGGCAUGGAUGCAUACGAGGGCGGCUUUGCCCGCCCCGCCCCCGUGCCCAAGAUGGUGGCCGAUUUCUGCCAGUUCCUCUAUCGCCACAUCAGGGAGCGCAACAUCAACGAGGUGUAUGUGAUGUACAGCCACACCUUCCCGCACCUCAGCGAGCGCUUCUUCAAGGGCAGCACCUGGCCCACAGUGGACUCUGUGCUACCGCUGGUGGAUGGCGACCACGUGUUUGGGCUGCUGUACAAGGAGAUGUACUACAGGCACCUGUACGCCAGCACCAAGCCCACCCUUGAGCAGCGCAUGGACUCAUGGGACAACUACCGCGAGCUGUUCUCGGUGAUCCUGAACAGCAACCUCAACAUGCUGCUGCCCAACCUGUGGCUGUGGGACAUGGUGGACGAGUUUGUGUACCAGUUCCAGUCCUUCUGCCAGUACCGGGGCAAGCUGGCGGGCAAGGCUCCCGAGGAGAUUGAGAUGCUGAAGAAGGCAGACGGCGUGUGGGAUCCUACGGCUGUUGUGGCCUUCCUGAAUGAGUUGGUGACGCGAUCGGCCAUCCGCGAGGAGCUGGCGCAGCCUGGCGCGGUGGACAAGCUGUACCAGACCGAGGGCUACGGCAGCAUGUCCAAUGUGCGCCGCAUGCUGGGCUACUUCUCCCUCGUGGGCCUGCUGCGCGUGCACUCCAUCCUGGGAGACUACACCACCGCCAUCAAGUCCAUGGCGCCGCUGCACCCCUUCCUGCGCAAGAGCCUGUUCACCACCAAGAUCCCCAUGUGCAACAUCACGCUGCUGUACUACACUGGCUUUGCCUACUGCAUGCUCCAGCGCUACCUGGACGCCGCCAAGUGCUUCAACUUCAUCCUCACAUACAUCUCCAAGGCCAAGCACCAGGCCCGCGGCGCUGUGUAUGAGCAGAUCCUGAAGAAGAACGAGCAGAUGUAUGCGCUGCUGGCCAUCGUGACGGCGCUGUGCCCCACCGCCAACCGCCUGCUGGACGAGGCGGUGACCAACACGCUGCGCGAGAAGUAUGGCGAGAAGGUUCGGUCGAUGCAGGCGGGGUCCAGCGACACCUUUGAGGAGCUGUUCACCUACGCCUGCCCCAAGUUUGUGUCUGCCGCACCACCCGACUUUGCCAACCCGGGCGCCAACUCCAACAUGGAGGCCUUCCGCGUGCAGCUCAGGGCGUUCAUGAGCGUUGUGGAGGAGCGCAAGCACCUGCCCGCGCUGAAGCAGUUCCUCAAACUGUACAGCAGUAUCCCCACCACCAAGCUCGCUAGCCUUGCGGAGAUGGACCCUGCCACGCUGAAGCAGCAGCUGGCCCUGCUGCGGCAGAGCACGCAGGUGGUGACAUGGACCACUGGCGACCCGCUGGCUGGCACGGCAGUGACGGCAGGCGACAUUGAGUUCAGCAUCGAGCAGCAGGAUGGCGAGGAGAUGGUGGUGGUUGCCGAGCCAAAGGCCAAGACGGUGAAGGGGGAUGUGCUUGUAAGGCACAUAGCGCGCUUUGAGGAGAUCAUUCGUGAUCUGAGCGCCCUGCCGCAGCCGGGAGCCCAGCCGGUGGCCGCACACUGACUGGCGUGAGGCAAACGGGCGUUCGUGGUUUGCUGCUUUCUGACCGCACAUUGAUUGCACUGGAAGAUUUUGUUAACACAAACAAUCAAU